AUGGAAUCUUAUGAAAGUGUUCUUCUCGUUAAGAAUGAAGUGUUUGUAUUUAAAAUACCACCAAGAACAUCAAAUAGAGGAUAUAGGGCAGCUGAUUGGAACUUACAAGAACCACAAUGGACGGGGCGUAUGAGACUGGUUGCAAAAGCAGAAGAGUUGAUUAUGAAGCUGGAAGACAAAACUUCUGGGGAGCUGUUUGCUAAAUGUCCUAUUGACAAAUAUCCGGGGGUGGCUCUCGAAUCCGUCACUGAUAGUUCACGUUACUUCGUUGUGCGGAUUCAGGAUGAUAAUGGUCGAUCAGCCUACAUAGGUCUAGGAUUCGGAGAUCGAUCAGAUUCAUUUGACUUGAAUGUUGCUCUACAAGACCAUUUCAAAUGGUUGAGAAAAGAACAAGAAGGAGAGCAGGCUCCUCAACAAAACCUUGACUUGGGCUUUAAAGAAGGGGAAACAAUAAAAAUAAACAUGAAGAUCACUAAAAAGGAUGGUAGUGAAGGCAGUAGGCCACGUCGUGGUGGCGGUGCUGGGGGUGGCGGAGGCCUUUUACCUCCCCCUCCAGGUGGCUCCCGGCUCCCACCACCACCCUCGCCACAACAUGCUCCUUCACCUUCUGCUGCUGCUCCAGCUGCUGCUAAUUCAGAAUGGGGCGACUUCAAUUCAGCCAGUGCUCCGAGUCAACAACAGCCAACAACACCUGCCAACCAACAGAACUGGGUGCAGUUCUGA